AUGGAGAAAAAGGAAGAUAAUGUCAUGCGGGAAAUUAAGGUUAAUAAGUUAGUCCUUAACAUUUGUGUCGGAGAGUCAGGUGAUAGGCUAACCAGAGCUGCCAGAGUUCUCGAACAGCUAACGGAGCAGAAACCAAUUUUUGGAAAAUGUAGAUUCACCAUAAGAUCCUUUGGGGUUAGAAGAAAUGAAAAAAUAUCAUGCUUCGUAACAGUAAGAGGAAAGAAAGCACUGGAAAUUCUAGAAAAAGGAUUAAAAGUUAAAGAAUAUGAAUUGAGAAGAAAAAAUUUCUCCGAUACAGGUAACUUUGGAUUUGGUAUUCAAGAACAUAUCGAUUUAGGAAUUAAAUAUGAUCCAUCUACAGGUAUUUAUGGUAUGGAUUUUUAUGUUCACUUGUCAAGACCAGGAUACAGAGUCAGUAAAAGGAGAAGAAAGCGAUCAACCAUUUCAAAAACACACAAAGUUACGAAGGAUGAAGCCAUGAAGUGGUUCCAAACAAAAUUUGAUGGAAUUCUCCUCAAGUGA